UUAGUUCUCCACUCCAGCGAUCAGAGAAGAGCUUUUCUUCUGCCUCUUCCUCCUCUGGUGGCUUUUGUCGUUCUCUGAGUGGAGCACCGUGGCAGUGAGACAGUACAGGAGUUAGUUCAGCACAGUCGAGUGUCAUACUGCCACAUCUAUAGUUGUGGUCCUCAGAGUCAGGAGAAUACUGCCCACCCACAGCUGGAUCAACAUGUUACGGCGGAAACCAUCCAACGCAUCUGAAAAGGAGCAGGCUCAGGUGCAAAAGAAGAAGCUGUCUCUGCAAAGAUCCAGCAGCUUCAAAGACUUUAUGAAGCCAAAGCCAUCGUCACCUGUAGUGAGCCCUGAGGCUACCUUGGAUGAAACUAAGUUUGAGGGUGCACCACCAGAGGAUUCGGGUAAAAGUAACGGAAAACUUGGAAAGAAAUGGAGAAAUGUCAUAUCUCGCACAAUGACCCGUAAAACAUCCAAGAUGGUACAGAAAGCCCUUGCAGAGGAGGGGAAUGAGAGUGGGGAGGACGGCUCUAUGUCUCCCAUGUCUCCAAGUGACUGGAUGCCAGAUCUCAGUGCUGGGAACAGAACAUCUGUGUGCUCCAACAGCUCAGAGGACACCAUGCACACCCCUCUCUCACACCAGCUCUCUGGGUGUUCUGACAGACAGAGUCUGGACAGUGGCUUCAGCCAGAGAGACAGUAUGAGACUGGAGGACAACACCUACACCGGGCCCUUCUGUGGCAGAGCCCUUGUCCACACUGACUUCACCCCCAGUCCAUAUGACAUGGAAUCUCUCAAACUACAGAAAGGAGACAUCAUCCAGAUUAUUGAGAAGCCACCAGUAGGCACCUGGACUGGUAAACUCAAUAACAAAGUGGGCUCCUUUAAAUUCAUCUACGUCACAAUACUACCAGAGGAGGACACGCCACCAAAGAGGAAGCGAUGCUACAGUCACGGACGCCAGAAACCCAAACCAAAAACCUUGGAGGAAGUUCUGGAGAGAAUAGGCCUAACUGAACUGGGAUCUCUCCUGUCCAUGCAUGGCUUCCAGAGCUUGGAGGACUUCACCGGCCUGAAGGAGUCUCACCUGAACGAGCUGAACAUCACAGACCCUGAGCAACGUGUGAAGAUAUUGAAAGCAACAGAACUGCUUCAUGACUCGGAGGAUGAAUCCGAUACCGAGGAGCAAAAGACUGAAAUGCCACGGGACUCUGGUUGUUACGAGAGCACAGAGAAUCUGGCAAACGGAUGUGAGGAGCCCCAGGUGGAAUCCCAACCGGAGCCAGAAACAGAUCCGGACACAGAAACAAAGCUCAAUGCUGUUCAGGAACAACUGGAGGGGAUGAAGGUGGAGGAAAGUUCUGAGAAUCAAACAGAGUGAAGUCACCAGAAUGUUCUUUUGAUCCUGCUUCUUUAAAACGUUGAACCUCUCUAUGAUGGACCGAGAGUGUCAUAACC